UAAUCUUUAUAGCUGUCAUUUAUAGCCGCUUACUAGACGUCACGUCUGGAACCAGCUUAUCAUAAACACGUUGUUCUGCCGAUUAAUAUAAACAUAGAAACCAAAUAUUGUCCAUUGUUGGAUAUUAAAUUUCAGACUUUGGGAUGGCUGACUUCGAUAGUGCCACUAAAUGUAUCAGAAACAUUGAAAAAGAAAUUCUUCUCUUGCAAUCCGAAGUUUUGAAGACUCGUGAGGGGCUUGGGCUGGAAGAUGAUAACGUGGAACUUAAAAAGUUAAUGGAGGAAAACACGAGAUUAAAACAUCGUUUGGAGAUAGUGCAAUCGGCUAUUGUACAGGAAGGCGGAUCAAUCGCAUCCUCCGAUUCUGGCAACCAAUCCAUUGUUGGCGAACUGCAGCAAGUAUUUACCGAAGCCAUUCAAAAAGCUUUUCCAAGUGUGUUGGUUGAGGCGGUUAUUACUAUUUCGUCAUCCCCCAAGUUUGGCGAUUAUCAAUGCAAUAGUGCUAUGCAGAUUGCGCAGCAUUUGAAGCAGUUAUCUGUUAAAUCGUCGCCACGUGAAGUGGCCCAAAAACUGGUAGCUGAAUUGCAAAAACCAAUACCUUGUGUCGAUAGAUUAGAAAUCGCUGGAGCGGGAUACGUUAACAUUUUCCUGUCUAGAUCUUAUGGAGAACAACGCAUUAUGAGCAUCUUGAGGCAUGGGAUUGUGGUACCAUUAAUAGAAAAGAAACGUGUGAUAGUCGAUUUUUCCUCGCCUAACGUAGCGAAAGAAAUGCAUGUCGGUCAUUUACGUUCGACCAUCAUUGGUGAUUCAAUUUGUCGAUUUUUGGAAUAUCUCGGACACGAUGUGCUUCGUAUUAACCAUAUCGGAGACUGGGGAACGCAAUUUGGUAUGUUAAUUGCUCAUUUGCAGGACCGUUUCCCUAAUUUCCAAACCGAGUCCCCGCCUAUCAGCGAUUUGCAAGCAUUUUACAAGGAGUCAAAGGUCCGAUUUGACAGCGAUGAAGUAUUUAAAAAGCGUGCCUACGAAUGUGUAGUCAAACUGCAAAGUGGAGAGCUGAGUUAUUUGAAGGCCUGGAAUCUAAUUUGCGAUGUUUCACGCAAAGAAUUCCAAACCAUCUACAACAGAUUGGAUGUGAAACUAGUUGAACGUGGUGAAUCGUUUUAUCAAAGCAGAAUGGAAAAAAUCGUAGAAGAACUUAAGCAGGAUGGGUUCCUUGAAGAAGACGAAGGCCGUCUUAUCAUGUGGGGCGAAAAUCGCGCUGGAAUUCCUUUAACCAUCGUAAAAUCAGACGGAGGAUUUACAUAUGAUACUUCGGAUAUGGCCGCCAUCAAACAACGCUUGCAAGAAGAAAAGGCUGAUUGGUUGAUAUAUGUAACUGACGCUGGGCAGGCGACUCAUUUCCAAACAAUUUUUUCUUGUGCAAAACGAGCCAAAAUCCUACAAGAGAGCAAACAUCGUGUGGAUCACGUCGGAUUUGGUGUGGUGCUAGGCGAAGAUGGUAAAAAAUUCAAGACUCGUUCUGGCGAUACGGUGAAAUUGACAGAACUUCUCAAUGAAGGUUUGAGGAGGGCUAUGGAAAAACUAGUUCAGAAGGAAAGGAACUUAGUGCUCACACAAGAGGAGCUAGUUGCAGCACAAGAAUCAGUCGCCUACGGUUGUAUUAAAUAUGCGGAUCUGUCGCAUAAUCGUAACAACGAAUAUGUGUUCUCCUUCGAUAAGAUGCUGGAGGACAAAGGAAAUACUGCCGUGUAUCUGUUGUAUGCCUAUACCCGCAUUCGUUCUAUUGCAAGAAAAUGUGGCGGAGAUUUUGCAAAUGACAUGCAAAAGGUGAUCGAUUCCACAGUUAUUAAAUUAGAUCAUGAAAAGGAAUGGAAACUCGCCAAGGUGUUGCUUCGUUUUACCGACGUUAUGUUAUUGAUCAUGAAAAAUCUAUCGUUACAUCAUCUUUGUGAGUUUGUGUACGAAAUAUGCACUGCUUUUAGUGAGUUUUAUGACAGUUGUUAUUGCAUCGAAAAAAAUAAGCAAGGUGAAAUUAUUACUGUUUAUCCCUCUCGCGUCUUGCUAUGCGAAGCAACAUCAAAGGUGCUGGAAAAAUGUUUCGAUAUUUUAGGACUGAAGCCUGUGCAUAAAAUAUAAACGAUACAUCCACUUGAGGUAGCAUGCGCAGCAACAACAAAAUUAAAUCAAGCUGUUUACUAAUUACCUGGUUAACAUUGCAAAUGUUUCGACUAGUAUAUUUGCUGCUCGAAAUCUUUUUUUCAAUUUUUGUUUAUUCUCAUGAUUCAAUAAUAAAAUAUACUUUCUUGAUAGUUUUUUGCCCGAA